AAAAGCAGAAUCUGUGAGUCGCCUGGAGGCAGUGCGGCGGCUGCCGUGAGGAGUCCGGGUGCGGAGCCGCCGGCGCCCCAGCCGCUCAGGGCCAGGGUCUGGGCUGGGAGGGAGAGGCCGGAGCAGCGCCAGGAGCCCGAGGCCGAAGUCGAGGAGGAAUGUGACUAGGGGUCGGCGGGGGCGCGGGAGUACGCGAGAGCAGGGAUGGGGCAGCAGGUGGGCCGCGUCGGGGAGGCUCCGGGGCUCCAGCAGCCUCAGCCCCGCGGGAUCCGGGGCAGCAGUGCAGCCAGGCCCUCCGGCCGCAGGCGGGACCCGGCGGGGCGCACCACAGAGACCGGCUUCAAUAUCUUCACGCAGCAUGAUCACUUUGCCAGCUGUGUGGAGGAUGGAUUUGAGGGAGACAAGACUGGAGGCAGUAGUCCAGAAGCUUUGCAUCGUCCCUAUGGUUGUGAUGUUGAACCCCAGGCACUAAAUGAAGCUAUCAGGUGGAGCUCCAAGGAGAACUUGCUUGGAGCCACCGAGAGUGACCCUAAUCUCUUCGUUGCACUUUAUGAUUUUGUAGCAAGUGGUGAUAACACACUCAGCAUCACUAAAGGUGAAAAGCUACGAGUUCUUGGUUACAACCAGAAUGGCGAGUGGAGUGAAGUUCGCUCUAAGAAUGGGCAGGGCUGGGUGCCAAGCAACUAUAUCACCCCAGUGAACAGCCUGGAAAAACACUCCUGGUACCAUGGACCUGUGUCACGCAGUGCAGCUGAGUAUCUGCUCAGCAGUCUAAUCAAUGGCAGCUUCCUGGUGCGAGAAAGUGAGAGUAGCCCUGGGCAGCUGUCCAUCUCGCUCAGGUACGAGGGACGUGUGUAUCACUACAGGAUCAACACCACCGCAGAUGGCAAGGUAUAUGUGACUGCUGAGAGCCGCUUCAGCACCUUGGCAGAGCUUGUACACCAUCACUCCACAGUGGCUGAUGGGCUGGUGACAACAUUACACUACCCAGCACCCAAGUGUAAUAAGCCUACAGUCUAUGGUGUGUCCCCCAUCCACGACAAAUGGGAAAUGGAACGAACGGAUAUUACCAUGAAGCACAAACUUGGGGGCGGUCAGUAUGGAGAGGUUUAUGUUGGCGUCUGGAAGAAAUACAGCCUUACAGUUGCUGUGAAAACACUGAAGGAAGAUACCAUGGAGGUAGAAGAGUUCCUAAAAGAAGCUGCAGUAAUGAAGGAAAUCAAGCAUCCUAAUCUGGUACAACUUUUAGGUGUCUGUACUUUGGAGCCACCGUUUUACAUUGUGACUGAAUACAUGCCAUAUGGGAAUUUGCUGGAUUACCUCCGAGAAUGCAACCGAGAAGAGGUGACUGCAGUUGUGCUUCUCUACAUGGCCACUCAGAUUUCUUCUGCAAUGGAGUACUUAGAGAAGAAGAAUUUUAUCCAUAGAGAUCUUGCAGCUCGUAACUGCCUAGUGGGAGAAAACCAUGUGGUAAAAGUGGCUGACUUUGGCUUAAGUAGAUUGAUGACUGGAGACACUUACACUGCUCAUGCUGGAGCCAAAUUUCCUAUUAAGUGGACAGCACCAGAGAGUCUUGCCUACAAUACCUUCUCAAUUAAAUCUGAUGUCUGGGCUUUUGGAGUACUGUUGUGGGAAAUUGCUACCUAUGGAAUGUCACCAUAUCCAGGUAUUGACCUGUCUCAGGUCUAUGACCUACUUGAAAAAGGAUAUCGAAUGGAACAGCCCGAGGGAUGCCCCCCUAAGGUUUAUGAACUUAUGAGAGCAUGCUGGAAGUGGAGCCCUGCCGACAGGCCCUCUUUUGCUGAAACACACCAAGCUUUUGAAACCAUGUUCCAUGACUCCAGCAUUUCUGAAGAGGUAGCUGAGGAGCUUGGGAGAGCCGCCUCCUCGUCAUCUGUUGUUCCGUACCUGCCCCGGCUACCUAUACUUCCUUCCAAGACUCGGACACUGAAGAAACAGGUGGAGAACAAGGAGAACAUUGAAGGGGCACAGGAUGCCACAGAAAAUUCUGCUUCCAGUUUAACACCAGGGUUUAUCAGAGGUGCACAGGCCUCCAGUGGAUCCCCAGCACUGCCUCGAAAGCAAAGAGACAAGUCACCCAGCAGCCUCUUGGAAGAUGCCAAAGAGACAUGCUUCACCAGGGAUAGGAAGGGGGGCUUCUUCAGCUCCUUCAUGAAAAAGAGAAAUGCUCCCACACCCCCCAAACGCAGCAGCUCCUUCCGAGAAAUGGAGAAUCAGCCCCAUAAGAAAUACGAACUCACGGGUAACUUCUCAUCUGUUGCUUCUCUACAGCAUGCUGAUGGGUUCUCUUUCACUCCUGCCCAGCAAGAGGCGAAUCUGGUGCCACCCAAGUGCUAUGGGGGGAGCUUUGCACAGAGGAACCUCUGUAAUGACGACAGUGGUGGGGGUGGGGGCAGUGGCACUGCUGGGGGUGGGUGGUCUGGCAUCACAGGCUUCUUUACACCACGCUUAAUCAAAAAGACACUGGGCUUACGAGCAGGUAAACCCACAGCCAGUGAUGACACUUCCAAGCCUUUUCCAAGGUCAAACUCUACAUCUUCCAUGUCCUCAGGGCUUCCAGAGCAGGAUAGGAUGGCAAUGACCCUUCCCAGGAACUGCCAGAGGUCCAAACUCCAGCUGGAAAGGACAGUGUCCACCUCUUCUCAGCCAGAAGAGAAUGUGGACAGGGCCAAUGACAUGCUUCCAAAAAAAUCAGAGGAAGGUGCUGCUCCAAGCAGGGAGAGACCAAAAGCCAAGUUAUUGCCCAGAGGAGCCACAGCUCUUCCUCUCAGAACGCCCUCUGGGGAUCUAGCCAUUACAGAGAAGGACCCUCCAGGGGUGGGAGUGGCUGGAGUGGCAGCUGCCCCCAAGGGCAAAGAGAAGAAUGGUGGGACACGACUUGGGAUGGCUGGAGUUCUAGAGGAUGGAGAGCAGCCAGGCUGGCCUUCUCCAGCCAAGGCUGCCCCCGUCCUCCCAACCACUCACAACCACAAAGUGCCAGUCCUUAUCUCACCCACUCUGAAACACACUCCAGCUGACGUGCAGCUCAUUGGCACAGACUCUCAGGGGAAUAAAUUCAAGCUCUUAUCUGAGCAUCAGGUCACAUCCUCUGGAGACAAGGACCGACCCCGACGGGUAAAACCAAAGUGUGCCCCACCCCCACCACCAGUGAUGAGACUACUGCAGCAUCCAUCCAUCUGCUCAGACCCUACAGAAGAGCCGACUGCAGGACAGUCCACGUCAGAAACACAGGAAGGAGGAAAGAAGGCAGCUCUGGGCGCAGUGCCCGUCAGUGGGAAAGCUGGGAGGCCAGUGAUGCCUCCACCUCAAGUGCCUCUGCCCACAUCUUCCAUCUCGCCAGCCAAAAUGGCCAACGGCACAGCAGGUACUAAAGUGGCUCUGAGAAAAACCAAACAGGCCACUGAGAAAAUCUCAGCAGACAAAAUCAGCAAAGAGGCCUUGCUGGAAUGUGCUGACCUACUGUCCAGUGCAAUCACGGAACCUGUGCCCAACAGCCAGCUGGUAGACACUGGACACCAGCUGCUCGACUACUGCUCAGGCUAUGUGGACUGCAUCCCUCAAACUCGCAACAAAUUUGCCUUCCGAGAGGCUGUGAGCAAACUGGAACUAAGCCUUCAGGAGCUACAAGUGUCUUCAGCAGCUGCUGGUGUGCCCGGGGCAAACCCUGUCCUUAAUAACUUGUUGUCAUGUGUACAGGAAAUCAGUGAUGUGGUGCAGAGGUAGCCACUGUUAGCCUGGUGGGAAAAUGCACACAUUUCUGAGGGGAGAGGGAAAGGGACUUGUUUUCCUGUGUUCUUGUUUUCAGAAAAUGAAAGACUCAUACUUGAGUGUGUUUAUGUGAAGUACCUCAGAUCCCUGAGUUCUCACGUUUACAGUUUCAUCUCAAAAAUAAGAAGCAAACCAGAUAAGUAUAGGAGAGGUAAAUUAAGUGGGGGCGAGGCAGUAGUGGACAGGGUUGGAAACUGCACUGGAAAAUAGGGAACAUGUGUAUGUCAUAAGGAAGGCAAUGCAGCCCAUCCCUACCUGGGGUGCUGGGAGGUGCUAGGCAGGGCUGCUCUCGGCAAGACCGCAGCAGCUGUGCGCAGACCUGGGGCUCUGGUAGGUACUUAACGGUGAUUAUGCUCCAGUUUACCUAAUGAAUUUGGUGGGACAGAAGAAAGGAAAGCUGGGAAUAUACCCAGAGAAAUUUUUGUUCAGGGCUGUUGGAAGCAGAUGUUAGCCUUGCUUGCUUCUGCAAGGCCAUUGCUGCUGUAAUAAGAACUGCAAAUCAGAGUGCUACAACACAAAACUGGGAAAUGUGGCCCUAUCUGAAUGCCUCUGUCCUGUUUUCCGCUGGUGUAUUAGUGCAGGAAGUAAAGAAUGCUGGAAAGUUGAAGCAGGGGAUUGAAAACCUUCUGAAAUCUUACACAGAUUAGCAGAAGUCACUUCUCCCAGUCUGGUAUAUUAUUUCAUAAUGGACCAGGAUUGGCUUCCUGCUUGGUGGUGGCUAUCUGUAAACCAUAAGUACAGGGGUCUCCCUCGUGGUUCUUCUCUGUCUUUUGCUGGGCAGGCUGUCUUCCUUUAUUCCUGGUAGCAUUCAGAGCAUUAACCAGUGUUGAUUUUGAAAAUAGUAGUCCCUACAGAUUCUCACAAAGGAAUGAAUCCUGUUCAGAUACAGUUCCCCUGCGUACUGACAUACUGGCCAAGGACUUGAGCAGCUGUGUAUUUUUCUUUAUCAACUAAAAUACCAGGGAGAUAGUCUUUUCUUGAAACCCGGUGACCUGUGACUGAGAGGAAAAGCUGACUUGGUCCUAAUGGCUGUUUCUCUACCUUUCCCCUCCCUUAUCACCUUAAGCCCAAUCUAGGUAGAGAAUAGGGAGAGGCAUUCUCCUCUGUGUGGAUUUGAAGUGAAUCACCCCCACGUUAUUCUCAUGUGCUUUUCUUCUCUCACAUAUUCCUCCCUACCCCCCACCCAAUCAUUGUGUUUAUUUGUACAGAUCUUAUUGGGAAUAUUCUUUAUUUAUUUUGUCAUUUCACUUCUAUUUUAAGAAUGCAUAAUUGAAGAGUAGUCAUUUUCAGGGAGCACCAGUUAGACCUUGGGAACCUAAUGACUUAAUCCUUAAAUAUGUUUUGCCCUUGAAAAAUAGGCCUUUUUCCUUCCCUACUUAGUUGUAAUUGUGGAAGCUAAUUAGGAUGGCAUGGAAGUGAAUCUAAUGAGUUAGGUAUUAUUAAUGUUCUUGGUAUCGGGUCUAAUUCCAAUUACUGCUUCAUUCUCUUUUUAGAACUUUAUGAAUACUUCCCCCAUCCUCCCCAAGGAGAGCUCAAUACACACGUAUUUUUAUUUUAUUCUCUCAAAGGAAUAUUAGCUUAGGAAGAUAGGAAUUCAACAUUGAGCAGUGAGUUUUCUUCCUGGCUCUGUCACUGAUACAGUGUCAAACCACAGCCCCAUCUCUUAAUCUAUUCAAUUAAGGUAAUAGUGCAUAUUCUCAAGGGUGUUGCAAAUAAGUGUACAGCUAUCCCUUUGAGAGCCUCUCUGGAAAGCUCAGCGCAGUGUUGUCAUGCUGAAUGGUUUUUCAUUCUCUUAUUUGCUGAGUAGAAAAUAUUAAUGAAAUUAAGAAUUGCUGAGAUUAAUAUAAUUGGGCUGGAAUACUAAGGGGGAAACUAUGUUUUGAAUUGAUUUGGCAUUUUUGACCAAGAACAAAAUUGAGUUUUCAUUGGAAAGAAAGGAAACCUUGAUUCUUACCAUUGCUGCUCCAAAGGAGGCCCAGGCUAAGAAGAUGAGAGGAGACAGGCGGUGCUGGGCAUCCCUGGCAGGUGUUGGGUGAUCCCCGUGGUGUGUCGCCUGCGGCUGCAGCACAGGCAGCCAGUGAUCGGGUUAAUCUCCUCGUAGUGGUUGGAAGAGAACUCAGAUGUGAAAACCAGCCGUCCUUUUCCCACCUUCUUUCCUGCCAUUCUCGCUCAUCAUACUUGUCCAUAAACUUGAAGAACUCAUUUUAGCAGUUAGCCUUUUAAGGUCAAGGAUGGGAAAGCUAAAACUUCAGAACGUUAUUAUGCUGCUUUUUAGGUUUAUCCCUGUUGUUGUGGGAUGCAAGUUAAGGGAUUAUAAUUGUUUUUCAGGGUUUUUUUGUUCUUUGUUUUUUAAGCAAGGGCUCUAUUUUCCCUUGAGAGUUCUGGAAAUAAGCCUUGGAGAAACACUACUGAGUGUAUUUAGGCUCCCUGGUUUUCUCGCCCAACAACAAUCUGAAGGGUAGGGGGUGGGGGCUGUGUCUUACUCAGGGGCAGCACCUAGCUCUGUCUUGCCUACAGUGGGUGCAUAAUACAUAAAUGGAAUUGAUUUUUGUCAACACUGUCAAGAGUGGCAUUGACUGUUGGAGCACACCCCGUCCACAUGAUGCUUGAACUAUGUAACUUCAGGGGUUGAGGGCUCAAGGUUCAGGUUAAAGAGGCACUGUCAACUUACUCUACAAGCAUAAUUUAGGUUUUUCCUUUUUCUACUUGAAAAGGACCAGCUUAAACACAAACCCUUAUGUAAAUUAAAAGGUUUGAAUCCAAAGCAGAGAAAACUGCUUCUAGAAACUAAAAGUGUAGUUUAACUAUUCUAAAAGCAGUGAGAAAAGGCCCACAUACAAGGCAUUGACAGUUUUCUAACGUGGUUGUGCUGUGUUUCUGGAUGCAUGCCUUUGGGCUGCCACUGCUCGACUCCUUUCAUGUACAGAUAAUAUUAUUUCAGUUUAGAUUUCCUACUUUAAAAUGCCGUGAUUUGUGUUGAAUACAUCUUGAUUGUGCUUUACCUAAAGUAUUUUCUUAAAAGGCUUUGUGUAAAAUUUAAAUGUAUAUAUUUUCCUGUAGACUUCCAUCAUGAUUUUCAGAGAUUAGCCUUAAAAAAUUUGGCCCUAAGAAAUUCAUUCAGUGUUUUUCCAGAUGACAGACUCUGUACAUAGAGGUCGUUAUAGUGGAGACCCUUUACCAGCAGCAUUUUAGUAUUUAAAUUAGAUGGAGAGUUUCUUAGGAUUCAACUGAAAGUUGGCCAGUAAAAUAUUUCCCAGGUAAUAAAGCAUGCUGACUUUACUAAGGCACUGCCCAUUUUUGUUUAACUAAAAUCAUGGAGAUUUUGUUUAAAGGAUGCAGUAUAGAUAGUGGUUUAGUGUUUAGGCUCUAAUGCCGGUCUAAAAGGCAAGUCAUUUAACCUUGGGAGCCCCAGUUUCCUCAUUGUAAAACAGGGAUAAUAAUAGUAACUACCUCAGGGUUGUUGUAAGGAUUAAAUGAGAUGAUAUUUGUAAGAUACUUAGCUCAAGUGCCUGGCACGCAAUGAGCACACUCUAUAAAUGUUAAACUGCUACUACUAUUAUUAACACCCAGUCUAGGGAUGCACAGUAGGAUCCCCUAGGGGGUAAAAAAAAAAAAAAAAAAAGCCAAACUGACGGAAUAGCCCCACUCCAGAUCAGAAUUCCCAGUGGACUGGGGUCUCGGCCAGUAUGUUCUCCAGUGAUCUCGCCAGGUGUUUCAAACACCCACGGCUAUCUGAAAACUGUUAGUACCCUAACCCUUUUCUUUAUAGAUUAAGAAACUAGCAGAAGAUGGUUCAGUAACUUGCCCAUUGUCUCAACAGUUAAUUAGUGGCAGAGCCAGGACUAGAAUUCAAGUCUCUUGACUUUAUGGUUGUGGGGUCUUUCCACCAUACCUGCUGCCAUGUGAGACACUGCAAAAAAGUGGCUCAGACUGACAAUCAGCCUGUGUGGUGUUGCACACUUUGUAAAGCACAUGCUCCUGACACUCUGACCUUAAGGGAUUUGAAUGUGGAGUAAUGGGAACACGAGCAAAGCAAGCACUCAGUAGAAUUCAGUCAUUUAAAAAAUCAUAUGGGGUCAUUCUUUUGGACAGACCUCAGCAACACAGCAAUGUGCACUUUGUAGUAAAGAAAACCAACUUGAGUUUUUAAAAAACCUAGUUAGUCCUACAUUCCUUUUUCUUAAAAAAAACUUUAUUGUUCACAUUGUUUUAAUAACUAAGAUAAUGUAUAUGAGAGCACUUUGAGAAAAUAUCAACUGUAAUAUAACUAUAAGGUGGUAGUAUUGUCUGUUUAAAAGAUAAGACAGUUGAUUCAAUGUGGAUGGACCCUGUGGGGGACCUGAAAAUGCAGAUAUGUAAGAAUCACCUCUGUCAUGUAUCACAGUUAGAAAUAUGAAACUGCUUAACGAAUAUGAGCAGGUAUAGCAAGUGUUUUGCUAAAGUUGUAGUUCAGAGCUGAAUUACUUCAGGAAACUAGGGACCAACUUUUUGGUUUAAUUCCGAUCUUUAAAAAGUAAGAAUGUGUACUCCAGAACACAGAAGCUCUUGCAGGGACCUUGACUCAAGAAGGAUGAGGCCCUCUUCUCCAUUUGUCCACUAUAAGCUUGGCCAUUUAUCCUAAAUGUGGUGGGAGCAAACUUGUUAUCUGUUGAUGUUGACAGUGUCUUUUUUAACCUAUGUCCUGCAUAGUUUUGUUAGGUUUACAGGGGGAAGUGGAUGGCCAUAAAACCAGUGCACUCUGGGAAUUACUUUUCUAGGAUUUCCUACCAGUUAUAAAUGACAUUGACAUUUGUCAUCUAUCUUUUUUUUUUUCUUUUUCUAAAAAGAGUAGCUGAAUUUAAUUCACCUAUUAUAAAAUACUUGAAAGUAAAUUGCAUUGGUGGCCACUUUUGAAUGAUAGUUACAUUUCAUGAUGACCCCUCCUGCUCCCUUCCAUUUUGCUACUGAUGUCAUUGUUGUUAUCAGGCUGUGCCCCUACCGGGAGUUCAUAUUGGGUUGACGGGGUUAUCUAUAUUUUUGUUCUUGAUUUUUGAGUUUCAUCGUCUUGCAUUAAAUUGUUCCCCCUGGAUUUGGGGUUCAUCUCUGUGCCCUAAGGAUCUGCUAUGACCAGUCCUCUUUUUGUAGGUGGUGGGUCUCUGGCUUAAGUAUUGAUAGGCUUCAGCGGUUUGUAUCUCUGUCUUAGCUUGUAUCAAGCCAGUAGUAGCUCACUUCCUUUGUAAAUGCCUACUUCAGUCUGGAAUCCGUAGGAGUAUAUGAGAACUUCUGAAAUGUCUCCCACUCUUAACAGUCAGGAUAUCUAUAUCAUUUGGAUAGAGUUCCGGUUUUCCAACUACUAGACUUUUGCAAGGCUUGCUUUUUUUUCUCCCCCCCCAGCAAGCCAGUAGUAACCAUUACUGUUACUUGCUUUGUUCAGCACAACUGUGGUUCACUUGAACUUCACUGUCAUUCCCUGUGCUCCUCUCUUACUGGGAAGCGUGGGUGGGAUUCAGGGCUGUGGGCAGGUUGCACCUGCUCCGGAGCGCUCACCCCCAGACUCCUAGUCCAGCCUGUCUUUUGGGAAGUUUAUUGCAAUGUCCACAAGGAUGAAUUUCUGCUUUUCAUGCCACCUCUGUGAGGUAUGUAUUCUAUCUUGAGUAUGUACAAGAUGAUACCUUUUGGCCGGGCUUGGUGGCUCAUGCCUAUAAUCCCAGCACUUUGGGAGACCAAGAUGGUCAGAUCACUUGAGGUCAGGAGUUUGAGACCAGCCUGGCCAACAUGGCGAAACCCCAUCUCUACUAAAAAUGUAAAAAUUAGCCAGGUAUGGUAGUACACGCCUGUAAUCCCAGUUACUCCCGAGGCUGAGGCAGAAGAAUUGCUUGAACCCAGGAGGCGGAGGUUGCAGUGAGCUGAGAUCGCGCCACUGCACUCCAGCCUAAGUGAUAGAGUGAGACACAUCAAGAAAAAACAAAAACAAGAUGAUACCUUCAUUUCUGACUCUAUAUCCUGGAUCCAAAGGACAGGAAAUUAGGGAAGGCUUCACCCUGUGGGAUCAGGAUAAAAAGAUCCCAUAUUCCUCCCCAGGUAAGGAGGCCUGUGGCAGGUCAUGAUUGAAAGCUGACUUGGAAUGGCAGAAACUGCUGAGAGGCCACCCUUUGAGAUUUGUGCCUUCAAAGAUAGGUUUCAUGAGUCUUAUAGAGGAAAAACUCGUCAGCGGGGUUGAUUUUGCAUGAUGAUUGAACGAGAACUGGUAGACACGAGCUUCUCAGGUGGCAGUGGCCAGAGCCUCCAUCUGUGAGAAUCCCCCACUUGAAGUGGUUUCCUGAGAGUGCUCACUCGGCAAUGGCUGCGUUUCUCAAGCCCGCCUGCGAGGCCUCACCAGACCCUUCCCUCCAAGUGCACUUACUUCUUCAUCCCCAUGUACAUCUCUAACUUUGAAAUUGUUUACCUCUCCUAGAAAAAUCUUACCUUUUACCCUGAGCAGAGUAGCAAAGCCCUGUUCACUCAGAGGGAGCAGCUGGCAUGUUGAAGGGGAAAGGCCAGGCACAGCACUGUCCUCAGACCACCCCAUAUCUGGAGCAGAAUUGUGAUACAUGUCAUCUGUGUCUGUUCUGGAAGAUUCUUUGUUCAUCGUACUCGCAUCAGCAGAUUUCAGGGUCCUCCUUGUCACUCCAGGCUACUGAGCUGAACCCUUAGAAGCUGGGGUCUCCGAGCAUGCUAAAUAACCUUUUAGGACACGCUGGAGGCAAACUGUGGAAUGCUAGCAGGCUUUAUGAAAGGAAAUAUAGGGAGUUUGUGUAGUCGGAACUUGCUUAGAUUUGCUUCUGAAUCUCAGAGUGGGAGUUUUAAAUCAUGUAAUUAGGCACCGUCAACUUUAGCUGGAGAAUGGGACUUAAAUGUUCAUAUAUAUGUAUACUUAAUUUUCAGCAAUUAUAGCACAACAAAAAAUAUGCAAAUUUAUUGUUGUUUUAGAAGGUAUUGCAGGACUAGGAAUGCUUUAGGGUCAUCAACAGUAAACCUCAGAUACUGUUCUGCGUGAUUCAGAAGUACCAUACCAGGUAUUGUGAGUGGCAAGAAGGCCAGGAGACAGAGAUGCUUCUGGUAGAUGAGGGCCAGAGAAACCAGCUCUCCUCCAUUUGACAGCAAUUUUUCACUGUGGCCACUUGGACUCUAUUAUGUUUUGAGAGGAAUUUAUUGAGAUCUUGAGAAAUCACCAUGAUUAGGAUGAUUGUCAAUUAGUAUUCAGAAACUAGAAAGGAACAAUGAGAUACUCGUUGUAUGGUUCUUUAGGGCAUAUGUUUGAAAACCCUCUCAUCUCAGAUCUGUAUAGCUGGUGUGCGUUUGUGUCCAUAAGUGCACAUGCACUGCUGUCGUGCCCAUUAAGAAAGGGGGAGUAAGUAAAAGAGGAAUCACUCAGAUCUUUCCUUGGGUGAACAGCGGUGGCGUGGUUGGUGUGUUGACUGUGAACAGGCUGAUUUAGCUGUUGAUGCAUACUCAGAACCCCCAUCUCCUCCCAGACUCUGCACUUUUCCUUCUUUGCAGUCUGAUUCUCUAAUGACUGUCACUGGACAAACCCAGUUUUAUGCUUGCUUAGUAAAAAUAAGUUUAAACAUUUCAUGGUGGUUGACAGAGCUUUGUCCCAAAACAUGCGGAUUCAGAUUCUUUAAAACUCGUUGAACAUUUAUACCAAAGGUCCCGCCCUGCAGGUGUGUAUGUGAUGCACAGAGAGUGGGGUUUGGAGCAUCAGGCACCGUGUGCAUUGCUAAGGGGACAUAGUGAGACAACGUGGGAUUUAACUAAAAACACAUCAGUCGUGGGCCACGCUACCAGUGUUGUCAGGUAUAUUUGUUCUUCAUUGUUGUUGUAAUAUAUUUUCCGUUGUUUUUCUAAUUUAAUUCUCUCCCUCUGUUGUCUGACUGUGAACUGCUAACAGUGUUAAACUUGAUGUAAAUAAAUGAGGCCCUUGAAAGGGACUGCUCUCUCUGUCUUCUCACAAGGUUUGCCAAGUUGUGUUUUGUUUUAAAUAAAGGUUGCAAUAUUUUAUUGGCAAA